GGUUUCGGACUUCAUUGAAACUUAUCCGUUGUUUUGAAAACAUAACAUUGAUUAUAAAUGGAAAACUCGGUAAAGUUAAACAAACACUCUUAACAAAAAAUGGAAAUUAAUACUACUACAGGUGUCAUUUCUAACGAUGAACCCGGAGGCGUUAAAGAAAAUGUUGAAAAUGAAGGUGAUUCGGUUUCCUCGCAAAGUACAUCUUCGGAUUGUAAUACGAAUAGAGAAGUCUUAAUUAAUGCAGCAGCGGAUUGUUAUAUAGACCCAAAUCUUAAACGGAACGCUAAAGUUAGCAUAUUUGGAGAAGAUAAAGGACCCAAAUUAUAUCCAGUCAAGGGUAACGUCGUAACGCCCCCAAUUAUAUCAAAAAACCUACCAGUAGCUUUUCAAUUCAUGCCAAUAUAUAGUAAAUCAGCUUCCAAAGAUACCAUUGAUGAAAUACAAAAUAAUAGAGUGCGGGAAUAUGUUGGCUUUGAUUUAAGUGAUAAUGAGUACGAAAAAUUAGAACACUUCUGCAGUCCAGAACACUUGAAAAUUGGCAAUGAAAUAGUGAUGUCAACUCGUUAUCCCAUUCAAGGUUUGUUACCAUGUAAGGAAGUAGAUCCAGAGCCGAGGGCUGGAGAUAAUCUGUGUAUAUUAAAAAAACUGAAGCUGAGAUUAACAAAGGAUGUUCGGAAUCGCUAUCCCAAUAGAAUGAAGUACAGAGCUGUGAGACUACUACCAUUACCGAAUGAGUCAAAUGAUUACAAGAUAUCUUUGUCUCCGCUGGAGCCGGGCAAGGAUCUGCUGUUUCAUGUGAGAGUUUACCGACCCUUCACUUACAGCGGCAGAGAUCAGAAUGACAAGAGGUAUUCUCGUCACUCAUUGUUCAGUAGUGACAUGAUAAUGUUGGGGAGACAGAAGUUGACGGUUCUCAGAGACAGGAUAGUUUGUGCCAAUGAUGUCGGGAUGAGAGUUGAUGUAUCUGAUCAGCCGGAUGAACUGCCGACUAGUUCUGCAAGGGAUCUGUUCCCGUCUAAUUUCCUGUUCAUCAAUAAUAAGUUCUAUGUGGACACGCGGCCAGGGUGUCGCGACCUGUCCGAGCCGCUCAGGCUUUGGGCCUCCACUAGAGGACUCGGGGUCUUCGACCAUACUCACAUGGAUGUAAGGCUGGAUGAGCUGGAGGUGAAACUUGGACAUCCAGAGGUGUACGUCCAUCAAGGUAACUGUGAGCAUCUGUUCACGUUCUCGGAGAUCCGACUCCUCAACCCGACCGAUCCCCAGAAGUUAGUAUACUACCCGUACUCCACGGCCGUGUCUCAGAACCAGACCAUAUACUGUACCACGUGCGCUGAAUUUGGCGCCAAAUGGAUAGUGACCGGCUGUGAGAAGGUGCCCUUCGACCCGGCGUUCUUCUGUGAUACUUGUUUGAAAAUAUAUUUAUACAAGGACGGAAAGAAAAUAUGUGAUUUUAAAGCGUACGCCUACAGAGGGAACGACCUGAACCUGUUGAAACCACCAGCUGCUGUGUAGACCUGGAGUGCGGGAACAUUCAUUGUCAUGGAAGAUGAACAUACCAUUAAUAUGAAUAUUGCGUCUGUUAAGGGUCCCAGCGAGGUCUCCGAGCUGAUUGCAACCAAACAGUAUACUUAUUUAUAUAUUACAUGGUGAUUGUCACUAUGCUUAGGCCAAGUCAGUACCGUCUCCAUACAAACGAGGCGUGUAACGUUCAAUAACCCACUUUAAUACUAUGACGUGUGAAGGUUUAUGAAUGAAAACUGGAAACGCUCUGUAUGCAGUGUGACAAUGCUCACUUGGAGUAAGCACAGUGAAAAGAAACAUUAGUCUUAAGUACUACAGUGUGUACUUAAGUACUUAGAUGUGGUCAAACAAAGUUCUGUGGUAUUAUAACUAGAAAA